AUGGACACAAACCCCUUGUUCUGCUACACGAGCGGACGAUGGCUAUGGAAUGAGUGCGAGCAACUGGAAGCCCGGUACCGACGCUUUGAUGUGUCCAGUCUUCAGCAAGCGGCUUGCCAAGCCGUCGGUGCAAGCAAGUGUAUAUCUUUCAAGAAGAUCGGCGAAGGCAACUACAACAAGGCUUAUCGUCUUCAGAUGGAAGACGGCCAAAAGAUCAUCGCAAAAGUCCCACACCCUAACGCUGGCCCACGAGGCCAUACCACGGCAUCGGAAGUGGCAACUAUGGAGUUUGCCCGGACUGUUUUGAACUUACCCGUCCCACGAGUCCUCGCUUGGAGUGCUAGCGAUCAAAAUCCUGUCCAAGCAGAAUAUAUCAUCAUGGAAGAAGCGAGUGGCUCCCCACUCCACGAAGUUUGGCAGGAUCUCCCACUGCGGAGGAAAGGUGACAUCAUUCAAUACCUAAAGUCUGUCGCUCGCCGUGAGAUCGAAUGGAUUAAUACCCAUGCGAACCCACAGCAGCCGAGUGAAAUUCCAUGGCAGUACACGAGUCCACAGCUGAAGUCCCCAGAGGCUCACACAGUCCUGUUAGAGAAGUUCUUAGCUGCAAUUCCGUAUAUCACUCCCAAGGACCCAGAGCUCGUCUCUCCCAGACUUUGGCACCCAGACUUCCAUGCUGGCAACGUCUAUAUCGACGACCAAGACCGAAUAUCGUGCAUCAUUGAUUGGCAGGGAGCCUGGGCUACCCCGGUGUUCAUCGGUGCCAAUCCCCCAUUGCUUCUAGACUAUGGGAUUGACAUGUUGAUGAAGCUCCCUGAAAACUUCAAAGCACUCGACGAUACUACACAAGAUAAGCUCAAAUACCAAGUGUCUCAGUCUAUCUUAAUUCACACGUAUGAAGAGUCUACGGUGGAGAAAAACCCUCUGAUGUACAAGGUUAUGCAUCAUCCCCAUGGCCAGACCCUCAAACAAUUAGAAGCUUUUGUUGGCUCUACCUGGGACAACUGUCUCUUUCCCCUUGAAGAAUGUUUGAUUCGCGUUGAGAGUGAGUGGAGCCACUUUGGUACAAACGAACCAUGUACGUACCAUUUCUCAGCAGAGGAGAUACAGCAACACGACGAAGAGGCGGGGUCUUUCAACAAGAGCCAGGAACUCUGGAAAGAGCUACAAGGUGUUUUGACUGAUGAGGGCUAUGCGUCGAAUGAGGGUUUCAGUAAGGCUGUCGAGAUAAUCAGAGACUUGCGAGAAUUCGGGCUAAGUGGCCUGGAGGGCGAGGAACGACGCAGCUUCGACAAGGAGACGCGCUGGGUCGCAAAUUUACGCAGCCGCUAA